UACAAUCGACCGCGUCCGGUGCCUAAUGGUUUGUGGAGGCGUGGGGCUAUCUGGUGUCAAUCAAUCAAUAGGUAGGGCCUUUACCAUAGUACUACGCCAUUACCCAUUUAAAAUAUCUCUCUCUUGGAUACUCGUCUCUUUCGUCUUUCGCCGGAAAACCCAUUACGCUAGUUCUUAGACCAAGUUUUCAACAUCGAAGAAGGCGAAGACGGUCUUUCGCCAGAAACUUCUCUUCCUCCAAUAACCGGAAAGGCAACAGGUGCAUAUACAAUAAAUAAGUGAAGAUGCAUGCUUGUAACGGAGCUGCAGUAACUGGUGCUGUUCACCAGCCCACUUGGGCUAAAGGCUCGUCUGUUCCUCCCAAGGUGUCUUUUUGUGGUGGAUUUACUUACCAGGUUAGAUUCAAUUCAGCCAAGCCGUGCAAAGCUUCUUAUAUUCAAGGAAGCUUAGUGACCGGGAAGCCAUCAUCUUCUGUUUCCGCCCCUUUGUCCGGAAUUGGAGGUAAUGGAAGUAGUUUUGUAGACUCUGGCUUGACUGAAGCGGAUCCUGAAGUGCGUGCAAUAAUUGACAAGGAAAAACAACGGCAAUUUAAAAGUUUAGAACUCAUUGCUUCCGAAAAUUUUACAUCCCGAGCAGUGAUGGAAGCUGUUGGUUCUUGCCUUACAAACAAGUACUCUGAAGGCCUGCCUGGUAAAAGGUAUUAUGGUGGCAAUGAAUACAUUGAUGAGUUAGAGUCUCUCUGCCAACAAAGGGCUUUAUCAGCAUUUCACUUAGAUGGGGAAAAAUGGGGUGUAAAUGUUCAGCCUUUGUCUGGAUCUCCUGCUAAUUUUGAGGUCUACACCGCACUUCUUAGUCCACAUGACCGAAUAAUGGGGUUGGACCUACCACAUGGGGGGCACUUAUCUCAUGGGUUCAUGACUCCUAAAAGGCGGGUAUCAGGCACAUCGAUUUAUUUUGAGUCCAUGCCUUACCGGCUUGAUGAAUCUACGGGCCUUGUUGAUUAUGAUAUGCUUGAGAAAACAGCUAUUCUAUUUCGGCCAAAGCUCAUUAUUGCUGGUGCUAGUGCAUAUCCACGAGAUUUUGAUUAUCCUCGUAUGAGGAAGAUAGCAGAUGCUGUUGGUGCUUUUCUCAUGAUGGAUAUGGCUCACAUAAGUGGACUUGUUGCCGCUUCUGUGGUUGGUAACCCUUUUGAAUAUUGUGAUGUUGUAACUACGACGACACACAAGUCCCUACGAGGGCCCAGAGGAGGCAUGAUCUUCUUCAGGAAGGAUCCUGUUCUUGGAGUUGACUUAGAAUCUGCCAUUAAUAAUGCUGUUUUCCCAGGUUUACAGGGAGGUCCUCAUAACCACACCAUUGGUGGUUUGGCAGUGUGUUUGAAGUAUGCUCAAUCUCCCGAUUUUAAAGCUUAUCAGGAACAGGUGGUAUCUAACUGUAAAGCUCUAGCAAGCCGAUUAAUUGAAUUGGGAUACAAGCUGGUUUCUGGUGGGAGUGACAAUCAUCUGAUUCUGGUGGAUCUCAGACCACUGGGUAUUGACGGUGCUAGAGUUGAAAAAAUAUUAGACUUGGCUGCCAUAACUCUUAACAAGAACUCAGUGCCUGGUGAUAAGAGCGCACUGGUCCCUGGUGGCAUUCGCAUUGGUACACCUGCUAUGACUACUAGAGGAUUCACAGAGAAGGAAUUCUUGGCAACUGCAGACUUUAUCCAUGAAGGAGUGCAGAUCGCAUUUGAAGCAAAACGUUCUGUGACAGGGUCAAAGCUUCAGGAUUUCCUGAAGUUUGUUAGCUCUCCAGGUUUCUUGCUGAAGGACCGUGUGUUGGAUUUACAAAGGAGAGUUGAAUCUAUGAGCACCCAAUUUCCUCUGCCUGGACUAUAAAUCAUAUUUCCCUUUAUGUCGUCUUUCUUUGGAAGCCCAGGUUUUAAAGAAUCCCCAUUGAUUCUCAGGUUGCAAAUGGCUCUGUUGAAUUCGAAAGGUUACCUCUGAUCAAAACAUGUGUAUUAUGUGAUGUGAUGUAAAAACCGUAAAUUGUCCAGGUGGCACAGAAUGAUAAGUUGGUACUCCUUUCAAUUGAACUUUUGUGGGAGAUCUUUGAAAAACACUAAUUUGUGCAAUUUACCUACUUUAUCAAAAUUAAGGACUUGUUUGUA